AUGGACACGGAUCGGGAGAUAGACGAGUACCGGAUAGUAAAACGCAAGAAGCGGUUAAGGCAAAGCAACGCAGACAAUGUGAUAGGAAACCAGAACACUAACACUCAAAAGCUAUCUACAUCAAAAACGGGGCAUUUAGCACCCAAGAACACCACCGUACCAGAUCCAAAGAUUACACCUAUCAUCGUCAAAGGCCAGCUGGAUUUGAAAGUCAUUAAAUAUAUCAAAGAUGCGACGAAAAUAAUAUUCAGGACCCAUUAUUUAAAACCACAAUUAUACAAAAUUUUCGCCGAUACGAUUGCAGAUCACGAAAAAUUAAAAACCAUACUAAGGAAUUGUGAUUUCCAAUUUUACACCUAUACUAUGCAGCACGACAUCCCUAAGAAAAUUACUAUAACUGGCCUAAAUCCUGAUAUGACUGAAACGGUGGUUCUUGAAGAGCUGAAAGCCAAGGGCAUUAAGGUGAAGCAGGUGGUCCAAAUUAAGAAGAAGGAAUCGGACGGCAGUCAACGCAAACUCCCUAUAUAUAUUGUCCUUCUAGAUAAGGAACAAGAGAUGGCCAAACUGAAGGAAAUAAACAAUAUAGAAGGACAUAUAUUUAAAUGGGAAAGUUACAGGCCACUAAAUAAGGCUAUAUAG